CCGCCCACCACUUACCGACGUAGCUUGGUUGUCUACAAGAGCACGAACGACAGAAACUUGGUCGUCCUUUGAAACUACUGCAAACAUGGUGCUCAAAGCCGUCUGCGUGUUGAAAGGAACUGGGGAGACCAGCGGGGUCGUUCACUUUGAGCAGGAGAGUGACUCAGCCCCCGUGAAGCUGACGGGAGAAAUCACUGGACUUACCCCUGGUGAGCAUGGGUUCCAUGUCCAUGCUUUUGGAGACAAUACAAACGGAUGCAUCAGUGCAGGUCCUCACUUCAAUCCCCACAACAAGAAUCACGCCGGUCCUACUGAUGCUGAGAGGCAUGUUGGUGACCUGGGAAAUGUAACUGCAGGAGGAGAUAACAUUGCCAAGAUAGACAUCACGGACAAGAUGCUCACCCUCACAGGCCCCUUCUCCAUUAUUGGAAGAACCAUGGUGAUCCACGAGAAGGCCGAUGACCUGGGAAAAGGAGGGAAUGACGAGAGUCUAAAGACGGGCAAUGCUGGUUCACGUCUGGCCUGUGGAGUCAUCGGCAUCACCCAGUAAACAGUCUGCCAGAACAUGGAAAACUGAAGAGAAAAAACUUUUCCCCACAGCACUUAAGACCAACCUAGCUACUUGAUGUGACAGUUUGUCCUUUUCAGUACUCUGGCUUUGUCUUGACGAGUCAAGAGAGUAGAUGAGCCAUGAUUUACCCUGUGUGUUCUUCAUGACAGUUGUACGUAUGGGUUUAUAUGUCUGCCGUUUAGUUUUGGUCCCAAAGAAUUGGUAACGCACAAGUCAUAAACAGAUGUAUACAAUCUGCAAAGUUAAUCAAUAAAUUGUCAUUAUAUCUGAA